CACCGGUCCAUGCUCUACAGAGACUUCUACAAAGGGAAGACGGUGUUCAAACACUGGUUACCAGGUGUGUGUUACAGGAACAUCACCUUCCAGCUGAUCUCUGAGGCCACGGUGCUGCAGGUCGCCAUGACGACACACAGCGACGUCACACACACUCCUCUACACCACCGCACAGUGCCCUACCCGCCCCUGAACGUGUCCCAUAAACUCGUCCACCUGAGUCAGAGGGACCUGGGAGACGUCCUGGACGGCCGGCGAGGCGCUCGCCACGGCCGGGACGUCCCUCUGAUGGAGGAGCAGGAGGAGACGGAGGAGGAGGUGCACCCUGAGGAGGACACCGGCGAGGAGGAGGAGGCGGCGGGGGCCGCCACGCGUGUUUUCUUGAGCCCUGAACGCAACCUGACAGGCGCCGCCAACCGGACGGCGGAGCCCGGCGGCGCCUGGCCCGACCCGGCCGAGCCCACGGCGCCGGCGGAGGAGGAGGAGGAGUUUGUGAACGCGGUGGUGUCGGAGUACGAGGACUCCAACGAGCCCGGCUCGGCCAUGGGGCUGCCCCCCGAGGACGCCGUCCUGCCCACCACGCUGCCGCCCGUCCUGCUGGAGCUGCGCUGGCUGCCGCCGCGGCCGCCGACCAGCUACGACGGCUUCAACGUCUACGUCUACAGAGACGGAAACUCGACAGAAACGGCCACCGUGGACGAAAACACUCACGAGUUCUUCACCGAGUUAACGGAGCCGGGAACGUACCGAGUCCAGGUCACCACGCUGAGCUCGUCCGGAGACUGCGAGGCCCGAGAGAGCGCCGCCGACACGGGCUUCACCUUCUACCUCAGCGCGGGCGGCGAGCUGCUGGAGGAGCUGCGUGAGCGUCCUCAGGCCGUCAGCGUGCGUCUGCUGGACUCGAGCACGGCGGCCGUCUCCUGGGCGCCGUCCUCCGAGACGCACAACGGCAGCCUGGUGUCGGUGGCCUCCACCACCUGCCUGAGGCCCAGCGUCAGCCAGAGGAUGGAGAGCACCUACUGCAGCGAGGAGAACUCGACCAGUGACAUCAUCAGUCACCUGACGCCGGGCGCUCAGUACCGAGUCGUCGUGUUCCACACCAACGGGCCGCUGCUCAGCCCGCCGUCAGAGCCCGUCAUCAUCGACAUCGAGCCCACCGGUGUGUUGGAGCUGUCCGUGUACCCUCUGAGUCCGACGGCGGUGAUCCUGAGCUGGCAGCGUCCGUACCACGUCUCCUUCAGGAAGUACGUCCUGCAGACGUUCUUCUUCAACCCCGUCACCCUCGCCUCCGACUGGACCACCUACUACGAGAUUGCCGCCACCGCCUCCGUCAUCGCCUCCGUGAGAGUGACCGAUCUGCUGCCGGCCUGGUAUUAUAAUUUCCGUGUUUCCAUGGUGACGUGGGGCGACCCGCCGCUCAGCUGCUGCGACAGCUCCACGGUCAGCUUCAUCACAGCUCCCGAGGCUCCUCACAUCUCCUCGGUGGAUUACUCCCACGGCGUCCUGUACGUUCGCUGGACGUACGGCGAGCUCUUCAUCGACCUGUCGCACUCCAGGAUGCUGCACUGGCAGGUGGUCGCCGUCGGGAAGAAAGGACCCGAGAGGAGCUACUCCAUCGACGUGACUCGUAACGUGAUGCGGGCGAGCCUCCCUCUGCCUCCCGGAGACAUCUACAACCUGACGGUGACGGCGUGCACCGAGAGGAGCAGAAACACCUCAGUACCAAACAUCAUCAAACUGGAGCCGGCCGCCCCGAGGUCUCUGUACGCCGUCAACGCCACCCACUCAGCCGUCACUCUGCUGUGGACCGAGGAGGGAGUGGUGGACUACUACCAGGUCCUCUGUAAGGCCAACAGACCCGGCAAGGAGCUCAAGGCUCGUGAGCCUCAGACGGCGAGCUCUCACGUGGUCACCGUGUCCGGUCUGGCGCCGGCGUCCUCCUACAACUGCACCGUGACGAGCUUCAGCUACAGCACGCCGAGCAAACCGGCCCACAUCACCAUCAGCACCGCCGCUAAGGAGAUGAACCCGAGCGUAGCGGCUAUCUCGGCGCUAGCUGUUCUCAGCCUGCUGCUCAUCAGUCUGCUGGUCCUCUUCCUGCUCGUCCUCCGCAAGAAACACCUGCAGAUGACCAGGGAGUGCGGCGCCGAGACUUUCGUCAACUUCGCCUCGUUUGAGCGGGACGGGAAGCUGCCGUACAACUGGCGAAGAAGCCUCUUUGCCUUCCUUACCCUACUGCCAUCCUGCCUUUGGACUGACUAUCUUUUGGCUUUUUAUAUUAAUCCUUGGAGCAAGACCGCUUUAAAGAAACGGAAGCUAACAAGUCCUGUGCAGCUGGACGACUUUGACGCGUAUUUUAAAGAAAUGAGCAAAGACUCGGCCUACAAGUUCUCUCUGCAGUUUGAGGAGCUGAAGAGCGUCGGCCUGGAUCUGUCCCACGACGCCGCCGACCUGCCCGUCAACCGGCCCAAGAACCGGUACACCAACAUCCUGCCCUACGACUUCAGUCGUGUGAAGUUGAUCUCGAUGCACAACGACGAAGGUUCAGAUUACAUCAACGCCAACUACAUCCCCGGCUACAAACACAGUAAGGAGUACAUCGCCACUCAGGGUCCGCUGCCGGAGACCCGGAACGACUUCUGGAAGAUGGUUCUGCAGCAGAAAUCCUCCGUGGUCGUCAUGCUGACGCAGUGCAACGAGCGCCGCAGGGUGAAGUGCGACCACUACUGGCCGUUCACAGACGAGCCGGUUCUCUACGGAGAAAUCAGCGUAGAGAUGCUGACGGAGACCGAGUCCCCGGAGUGGACCAUCAGGAAGUUCAGGCUCGGAUACGCUGAUGAGUCCCAGGACGUUCUCCACCUGAACUACACCUCGUGGCCGGACCACGGCGUCCCGACCGUCAACGCCAUCGAGAGCAUCCUGCAGUUCGUCCACAUCGUCCGCCAGCAGGCCAACCGGACCAAAGAACCCGUCAUCGUCCACUGCAGUGCUGGUGUGGGCCGUACGGGGACCUUCAUGGCUCUGGAUCGUCUCAUGCAGCACAUCAGAGAACACGAGUUCGCCGACAUCCUGGGGAUGGUCUCCGAGAUGCGUUCACACCGUCUGUCCAUGGUCCAGACCGAGGAGCAGUACGUCUUCAUCCAUCAGUGCGUUCUGCUGAUGUGGCAGAAGAAGAAGCAGCAGUCCAUCACCUCUGACGUCAUCUACGAGAACGCCAGCAAGACAUAAAGACGGACGUCCAGAGCGAACACGCCCAGCCUCCUGAGCUUCAGGCAUCCAUUCUCUGCAGAAGAAGACCCGCUUCAUCAUCAGUGUCAAAAAACAAAUCAAGCAGAACAUCUUGAAAAAAUUGUCUUUUGUUUGGAUCGGUGUUAAAGCAUGGGAUGGAUUUUUGCCUUAAGGAGCCUUCACUGACUGACCACCACGUUGACCCACACCCCGCCCUCUAACCGGACCGACUCAGGCCGCCGUGGGGUGGGAGGAGUCAGCAGCUCCGUCCUGUGAUUGGAUGUCCACACCGUCGUCCGUCCUCGUCGAGGCGGCGCGGCGGUGUAACCGAGUCAGCAGUUUUUAAUUUGGUUUCUUUUUUAAUCUCAGGAGUAGCUGAACAACCAGCAAGCACACUGGCCUCUUCCUCCGCUCCAACCUGAUUUACUUGUGUUAGUUUUAGUCUUGAUAGAGCUCGCCGUCCCGCAGAGAGCAGCUUUUCCCGGCAGACGCUAGAUUUAAACGGUUCUCACUGCCAAACGAACCGAACACGGACGAUUCCCUGCCGAUCAUUAGAACCCGCUGAGGAACUGCCAGGAGCUGCUCCGACACCUGAAGAUCCCAGCAAGCAUUCGACCAGCACGGACAAGAGCACAAACACAUUCAAACAUUCGUUUUUGUAUGAAACACGGGAAACGAUCCGAGUGUAACCUUCCUGUCAGCUCUCGGCUGAAAACACAUUUGUCUCCUAAUUGAAAAAUGUAGAGUUUUGAUGCAGUUUGGAAGAGUUUUCAGCUUCGGAAAGGGUUUUACCGUUAAAGUAUUUUGUCACAAAUUUGCUGCUCGACUGCGUUCCGAACUCUCUGUUCCGUCGGUCGAAUCCUCCGUAAAACGUUUGAAUGUUUGCUGGGUCUGCACAAGAACUAAAGGGCACAAGGGAACAACGCCUCUCUGUGGGAGACGAGCGCCUCACGCCGCCCGGCCGGCGCCGUGUAGAGACCGUGGUCGUAGAGCUGUAGUUUGUAUUUGCACUGAGGCCUCGGAGCUGCCGGAGCUGCCGACAGAAGAAGGGAAGACUUUCUGAUUCGAGGACGAAACGUUCUCGUCCCGUCCUGAAGACACGGACGAACUUUAGACUUCGAGACGUUUUCAGGAUCUCGUCGGCUGCAACGAUCCAAACAGACGGAUCGUAUCUGACAGCGUCUGAGGCAGAUAUUAGUCGUCAAACCGCCAAAACCACUAAGAAAUUAUAUCGACACCUGAUAUCGAAUUUCCCUGAAAUGACAGAAACAUAUCAGCUGGUAUAUCUGAGGCCGGCCCGAGCCUCUCUGAGCCACACCAACAAUAAACAGCCAGAAUUUAUAACAAUAAUAACAUAAAAAUCAAGUUAUAAUUCCCUGGUUUUGUUCUUGCGUCUCGUUUUUGAAGCUUCAAUCUCAAAUCUACACAGUGGCAACAACAAUAGCUCUACAACAACAACGUUAUAAUAAUAAUAUCUGUGACUAAUGAUGAUAAUAACAUCAGUAAGAAUGAGAAAAUCAGACUACUAACAAUAGAAAUAUUAGCAGAUAAUACUAAGCACAUUAAUAGUGCUGAAAAUAUUGGUUUGUGAUCUAAAUAUGUGGAACAGAGCCACCAAACGUUUGAACUUAUAAGCGUCAAAUUUGAUACUUUUUGUGAGUAAAACACUCCAAAACACCAACAUCUUGUUUGUCUCUAAAAAUGCGCUUUUUAAUAAUGGAAACAGUUUGUUUUGCACUACAAUAACUCUUGUCCAAACCUGAAAUCUUUUGAAAUUGUUAGAAUCCCCAAAUCUGGAAAAGCGUCCAUUAAAGUCUCAAACUCCCCAGAACUUUUACUUUUUCUUCCCAUAUUUCAUAUCACAAAAUGUGUUUUUACGAUAGAACAGUUUGGUGUUGAACUGCAGUUUGUUUCAUGAUUACAAUUUGGGAUAUAACGCACAAAAUAUUAUAUAUAACAAAUUGAUGAUAGAUGGUUGAAAUUGCUUGUUUUGCUACCGAAUGAUUCUUGUUUAAACAGUAAAUAUUUUAGCUCCCGUUUAAAAUCAUUAAAAUACCCAAAUUUAGAAAAGCGCACCAAGAAGAGAUGAGCCUGAAGUUUAGUUUUGCUCCUUUAAAAGUCACCAAACGUGUUCAGACAUAAAAUUUAGGAAUUAAAACAAACAAAUGUAGUGACGCAACACCAGACUGUUAGCAUAAAACGAUUUGGUAUGGAACUCUUAAAAUUUGUUUUAAUGAAUAAAAUUUGGUUCAACGGUUAAAAUGCCGAAACGUCGCACCAAACUUAAUGAUUACAGAAUACCAAAAGUUAUAAAUGAGCAAUAUUUAGUGCAUUUCCAUUCAUAUUUGUAAUUUUAUUCAUGCAAGUUUGGCGAUAAUACAAUAUAGAUGCAUAAUUUUGGAACGAAGCUUCAAGUUUUUUUGGUUGUUUGGGGCCAAAAUAUUGAGAAUCGCACCAAAACAGGGAGGAAUAUAAGAUCUGGUUUUACAUUUAUACAAAUCUAAAGUCAUAGCAAACAAACAGAAAUACAAAAACUGGAGGGAUAUUUUGAAGCGUUUGGGUGUUUUCAACAAAAUCAGCAAGUUGUAACAUUAGAGAACUGUAUUUUAAAAUGUUUGUUUGUUUGUUUGUUUGUUUGUUUGGGGCUCGGGCCGACCGACUUCUGUCUGAAACACUGAACAGGAAACAGGAAACAGUGAUCAAUCGAUAUCAGAUCAACUUAUUUACUAUUGUUUAGUUAUUUUCCAUCUUUCCUUCUCACUUCAUCGUGACUGUAGAAAACGUCGACUGACGGCGUUCAACACAACGUCUCAUCAGGAUGUCCCGGGGCUCGCCAAAAUAAGAGCGUUGGGCGGCUUUUCUUUUUUUUCCAAGGUUCAAAACAAGAUGACGUCUGAUUUUAUAUAUAUAUAUAUAAUAUAUAAUACAGACCAUAAAUGGUUUCCCACAACAAAACAAAAAAAAAUUAACUUUUUUUUUAACAGUUUUAUUAUAACUGCAAAUUACAGUGAAUUCUGUGUAAAAAUGCAAAAAAUACUAAUUAUAUUACUGAAUGUAAAAUUAGGGAAAGUUUGUUUUCUGACAGUUAAAUUUUACAUUUAAUGUAAACAAAAGAAAUCAUUAAAAAACAGUCAAAAGUCUGACAGCAAAAGUUUCCCGUCAUAUUACAGUCAAAAAGACUUUAAUUAUUCUACAGAUAUAUAUUAUAAAUACAGAUAUUUAUUAUUUUAUUAUCUGUAUUUUUAAAGAAAUUAUCUGUAAAAUAACUUACGGUUGUUUACUGUUAUUUUUUUAACAGUGUAGUUUUUACACAUUCCAGUUUUGUUUUAUUCUCGUAAUAUGAUACAAAUAUUACAUUCAACUCCCCAAAAGUUAUUAAAACGUUAAAUUAAUAAAUAGAGAACCUAAAAGAAGAAAAGCUGCUUCUGACUGUUGUUGUUGUUGUUGUUUUGGCGACACCUGGCAUCCAUCGUUUGUUUAAAAAAUAAAAAAAUAAAAAAGAUUUUGGAGAAGUUUGAAUGUGUGUAAAAAGGCCGUUGGACACUUCAGUGUUGACUCGUAAAAAACGACUCGUAAAAUGACUCGUCGUCAUUGUGGCCUUGUGGUUCAAACACCUGAAGUCUUCACCUGUUUGUGGUCGCCACUCGGUCGGACGGUUUCACUCGUAGAAUCAGACGUUCUGUACAUACUCUGCUCCGUUUCUAGCCUCAUCCAGUGGUUCUAGUGCAGCAAGUCGCUUUGGUUCUUUAAAGAUGUUGUAAAUGUGAAUCAUUUUACUGAGCCGGAGGACUCGACCAGGACUCGACCAGGCCGGAGACUCGUCCAGGUCGGGGACUCGUCUCUAGUCUGGAGAACAUCCCCAGGCCGAUCGGUGGGACUCGUCCAGGCCGAGAACUCUUCCAGUUCCGGGACUCGUCCAGACCGAGGACUCGUCCAGGUCGGGGACUUGACCAGGCCGAGGACUUGUCCAGACCAAGGACUCGUCCACAGCGAGGACUUGUCCAGGCCAGGGACUUGUCUCCAGUCUGGAGAACAUCCCCAGGCCGAUCGGUGGGACUUGUCCAGGUCGAGGACUUGUCCAGACCGAGGACUCGUCCACAGCGAGGACUUGUCCAGGCCAGGGACUUGUCUCCAGUCUGGAGAACAUCCCCAGGCCGAUCGGUGGGACUUGUCCAGGUCGAGGACUCGUCCAGGUCGGGGACUCGUCCAGGUCGGGGACUCGUCCAGGCCGAGGACUCGUCCAGGUCGGGGACUCGUCCAGGUCGGGGACUCGUUGACUCUCUCCGGCUGUUUCUUGCUUCGUGUCGUCGACUCGUUGUCUUGGUGCCAUUCUUCUUCUUCUCGUCGUGUCACUUCAGAUUUGAGACGAUCUCGACUCGUCGUCACAGAGUUUUAAUGUGUGUGUGUGUGUGUUGGAACAAAAUAAAAUGUUGCAGUUAAACAA